AUGGCUGCAGACCGACUCUGUGCUCGAGUUGCCCUGUGCGAAUUCUUGGUGGAUGGUUUUCUUUUCCAACGAAAGGAUGUUUCACACUACGUGCUGACCCAUUUCCACAGUGAUCACACUGUGGGUUUGACACGAAACUUCGAUUGUGGGACGAUUUACUGCACAGAUGUGACAGCAGCCUUGAUCACUGAAAUGAUGGGCGUGGACGCCGCGCGGGUGGUGGCAUUGUUGGGCCAGGUUGUGUUCCAGCUUCAGUGGCAGCUGAAUGGAUAUUUUGCACAAUUCGACACUGACAAGAGUGGCUUCAUCGACCGCGAGGAACUCAAAGCAGUGCUUGCGGCCUUGAAUCCAGACCUCGCCAAGAAGGAUGAGGAAGUGGAUACACUUUUCGAAGCCUCGGAUGCCAACAAGGAUGGGAAGAUUUCAGUGGAAGAGUUUUGCAACUACGUGUUCAGCGAGAAAACCUCAGCUGUCCACACGUGGCACCUCAAGGACGGGAGAGUGCAGCAGAAGUUCAUCGAUGGCCGUACUCGAGUUACAUUUCCAGAUGGCUGCACGAUUGAUGCAUACAAGAACGGUUUGAAGAUUCAGACCGACAUUGAUGGUACAACAAUCAUGACAGAUCCGGAUGGAGUGUCGCAAACCAGUGUCAUGCCUGAUGGAACCUGUAUCAUGGAGUCCGCAGACGGCAAAGUUUUCACAAGAAAGCCAGAUGGUACAAGCAUCACACAAGAUCCGAGUGGAACUUGUGUCCAAAUCGAUCCACAGGGUGACCGCACGAUCACUGACCCAGACGGGCGCACAACUACCCAUUUUGCCAACGGCGCAGUGGUGGAAAAGUUUUCGGCUCAACAGUCUGCUAAAAAUGGAGCUGCCCGUGUUCAGCGUUGCGCGUCUGGAGCACUAAUUGUGACAUAUUCAGAUGGCAGGAAAGUCCAGUUUAGUCCCUCGGAUGGUAUUCUCUUAGAAACAGCCGGUGACGGCAAGACAAGCCUGCAAAGGCUUCCUGACGGCUCUGGCAUUCGCCACCACAAGAAAAACCCUCACAACGAUGAGCAUCUGUCGCCCUUGGACAUGGAUGUUGAGAUCUCCAGUGGACGGAGUAAACUGCCGAAGCAGGCAGCAACGCCUCCAGUCGUCGAGUUUUCAUCCCUAGCGUCGGCCCUGAACUGUGAGAUUUUGUCGGCGCCUGCAUCGCCGGUGAAGAGAAAAAGCAGCCUCAGAAGCCUCCAAGAGGAAUCUCCAGAAAUCGCAUCUGGCCAGUGCAGUCAAGACUCUCCAACAUCACCAGUACAACGAGCGGUCGCUGUGGACCAGUUGACCGGUGGAGGCCAGCGGACCACUUUUGAGGGAGGCCUGGUUGUUGACCAUCAUGUGGAUGGCACAGUCCUGGAGACACAGCCAGGUGGACAAUCGAAGCAGAUCAACCCAGAUGGAACCAUCAUCUUGGUUGACAAGGCAUCUGCGACUGAGACGACUCUGCGCCCGAAUGGGACAAGUAUCACCAGGCACGCAGACGGUCACACCAUACAGAAGAAUGCAGAUGGAACCACUCUCAUUAAAGCCGCCGAUGGUGUGCUGACCCAGAUUGAUCCAGAUGGAGGUCGCAUAGUGACCCUUCCGAAUGGCGAGAAAACCAGCCACUUUGCAGAUGGUACGGUAGUCCAGAGUUGGCCCAACGGAGAAAAGCACCAGACCUUUCCCGAUGGUUGUACAAUUUCAACACACCCAGACGGAUCCUCGGAACAGGUUGAUCCUGAUGGAACCAGAAUCGUCGCUCUCGCAGACGGCUCCAGCACAGUACUGAAGCCAAGCGGUGUGAAGAUCAUAGCUGCAGUCUCAGGUGAGACGCUUCAGACAGACCCGGAUGGAUGUCAGAUUCGGACCUUCUCAAAUGGUCGGAAGGUUCAGAAAAGUGCAGACGGCUUGAUUUUAGAGAUUUUUCCAGACGGGACCCUGCGACAGUGCAAGCCGGAUGGAUCAGGCUUUGAGCUCAGUAGUGGCAGCAGAAUCCAGACGGACUUUGGCCGGGGCACCUUGACGGCCUCUUUGGAUGGCAUCCGCGGCGUUCAGGGUGUCUGGCUGACCUUCGUGGAUGCGGGACACUGUCCCGGCAGUGCCAUGGCGGUGUUUGAGGAAGACCAUUCCUCCGGGAGUUCCGCGACGCAAAGCGUUGUGCUCCACACAGGUGACUGCCGUGCUUCAGCACAGAUACGAGACGGCCUGAUGGACUGGCUAGCCGGUCGCACGGUGGCUGAGCUUUUCCUGGACACCACGUACUGUGCUCGCCGCUGGACCUUCCCAGCACAGCAAGAGGCUUGCAGCUGGCUGGCAGAACUGACUGCAGCGGAGCUCCAGCGCGAGCCAAAGACCCUCUUCGUGGUUGGAUGCUACCAGAUCGGGAAGGAACGUGCGGCCCAAGCAGUGGCCGAGGCUGCUGGGUCCUCCGUUUUCGUCGAGCAGCGACGCUGGAAAGUCAUCCAGCUUGCAGGUUGGGGCGAGGCCUGUCUAAAGUCCGGCCAGCCUCUGUGGAGCAUCGACAAGGAAGGCUGCUGUGUCUGGAUGUCCGCUCUGGGCGGUCUGGCUCACGAUGUCUUGAAGCACUACCUGGACUCCACCAAGGGGCAGUUCGAAUCGGUGGUGGCAUUCAGCCCGACCGGAUGGGCAUGGUCGCCCAAAGCCAUGGCCAAGGGGAGUGCUGGCUGCCGUGCCUGGAUUGAGAAUGAUGGGCGCACCAGGGUCUACAGUGUGCCCUACAGUGAACACUCGUCGUUUACGGAGUUGCAGUCUUUCGUCAGCGCCAUCAAGCCCGGGCGGUUGAUUCCAACCGUAAACUCCGAAACUCGCGAAAGCAAAGAGCGCAUGAUGGCUCCCUUCUUGGAUGUGCUGGACCUUAAAUGCGAUCCGGAACGCAUGGACCACUACAUUUUCGGGGGUAGCUCAUCUUCGUCAGCAUGCAAGCCGGAGACAGUUGCGCGGUGUGAGUCGUUCGUGGACGUGCUGUCGCUGUCAAGCAGGGUGCCGGAUUCGCAGCCGCCGGAAUCUGCGGAUGAUGCGGAAGACAGGAGUGCACUGUUGAAGACUGCUGCGACGCCCGUCUGGCGGACCGGAGUGCUGUCUGGCUGCAGUGCGGCCAUGGCGCGAUUGCGUCGCCUGACGCUCAUCGGCCUGUGGUGCUCAGCACAUGCGCGGACAGCUUCGUCCAUUCCAGGCUCCCUUCAGGCUGUGGUGUCCUUCUACGAGGAAAGAGUCGGUCAGCCAGAGUGGUUGGAGGUCUUCGAAGCCGUGCGAUGGUAUUCCGAUGCCGCUGCCGCGAACUACAGGAAGCUGAAUCGAUUUCUUAGGGACGGGCCGGGUCUGCUGGGGAAGCAGGAGAGGGACCUUUGUUCGCAGAAGGUAAAACUUCUGGAUGCUCUGGGAGGGGCGGCGCCUGUUGUGGGAAAGACUGGUCUGACCCUCUGGCGAGGCUUCUCAAGCUUCUCUUACGUGCAACACCUCCGCGGAUUAAGUGCCGUCACAGAGUCUCCGCCUUUCGUCGUUAAGGACGAGGCCUACAUGUCCUGCUCCCUGCUGGAAUCCGUUGGAAACUUCUACGCGCGGCGCCAUGCCUUGCUCCCUGAAGACUUGGAAGAUGCCAUCCUCCUAAAGAUCCAAGUGCCACCGGGUGCUCGGGUGAUUUGUGUCUUUUGCAGUGGCGCAGGGGUGCCUAAUGAAGAGGAAGUCAUGCUUCCAAGAGGCAGCACAAUUCGGGUGGAACGGCUUGUUCCGAGGAGCUCGGAAACUUCCGUUCUCCAGGUCCAAGCAGUCCUCCUAGUAGACAAUGCAACAUGCGAAGCUGAAUAG